CGAAUGACUAUCCGCAAUCAUGGCAGGGAUUCAGGGAAAAGAUUUGUGCGGUGUCUGGGUCGGAAAUAAGUCAAGAGGACGUCUGCUAUUUGUAAUGCAUGGAUAUUUUCCUCAGCGCUGAAUGAAACGAAGAGACACGCAAAUAUUUUCUGCUGCAGAGCUUUACUUUUCUUUGUCAUGGAUUUUGAAUUGGAAUUUGCAAAUUACGUCUAAUUUAUUAUUUUAGCCUAGAAAGAGCAGAGCAAAGUGCGUGGCUGCUAGCAAACCGCUAGCUACUAGGAUAGCUUCUAUCCAACUAACUUCAUUAGCUACUCUACGUUUUUAAAUGUUGUCUAAUAUCAUUAUCUAGUUAGCUUUUUACCAGUUUAGUCGGUCUUGGCAACUUGUCUGUGUGUCGAUGACUCUCGAAAGCCUUAAACAUUCUCCUAUCCUUUCAACUUUGUUUAAAAUGGCAGACGACAUAGAAUUGAUAGGAGCCUGUGAAUUAAUAAAAGAUCGAUUAUAUUUUGCUACCCUAAGAAGCAAACCAAAAAGCACUGCAAACACGCACUACUUCUGCACGGAUGACGAAUUUAUCUAUGAAAACUUCUAUGCGGAUUUUGGACCCCUCAACCUAGCCAUGCUGUACAGAUACAGCUGUAAACUCAACAAAAAGCUGAAGACAAUCUGUAGGUCUGUCGUAUGUAGGUGUUGGUCGAUGUUGAAGUCGUUCACACUGACCAGAAAGCGAAUCGUACACUACACCAGCUUUGACCAGCGGAAAAGGGCUAAUGCUGCUGUUUUAAUCGCUGCCUAUGCUGUCAUUUACUUAAAGAAGACCCCAGAGGAGGCAUACAGGGCUCUGAUCUCAGGCUCCAAUGCUUCAUAUCUUCCCUUCAGGGACGCCUCGUUUGGAAAUUGCACAUACAACCUGACGGUUCUCGACUGCUUACAAGGAAUCCGGAAAGCCCUGCAGCAUGGAUUCUUUGACUUUGAGACAUUUGAUGUGGACGAAUACGAGCACUACGAGCGAGUGGAAAACGGUGACUUCAACUGGAUCGUGCCGGGGAAGUUUCUGGCCUUCAGUGGACCCCAUCCCAAAAGUAAAAUUGAAAAUGGCUACCCUCUCCACGCCCCAGAGGCGUACUUCCCCUACUUCCGGAAACACAACGUGACCACGGUGGUGCGGCUCAAUAAGAAGAUCUACGACGCCAAGCGCUUCACGGAUGCCGGCUUCGACCACUACGACCUGUUCUUCGUGGAUGGCAGCACACCCAACGACGUCAUCACCCGCCGCUUCAUGCACAUCUGCGAGAGCACUGAUGGAGCCGUGGCCGUCCACUGCAAGGCUGGCCUUGGGCGUACUGGUACCCUGAUAGGCUGUUACCUGAUGAAGCACUACCACUUCACGGCAGCAGAGACCAUCGCCUGGAUCAGGGUCUGCCGGCCGGGCUCCGUUAUCGGCCCUCAGCAGCACUUCUUGGAGGAGAGGCAGGCAGCCAUGUGGAUGCAAGGGGACAUGCAGCGUUCGCAGCAGAAGCAGCCGAGGGGCGUGUCUCACCUCAUCUCCAGCAUGGACGACCUCACCCUCAGACCCACCCACACCUCCAUCACCACCAGCAGCCCUGCUGGAAUCCUCAGGUCCCACAGUACCGACCGCCUCCAAGAGAACGACGAAAUUGGGGAGAACGGGCUAUGCAUGACCCAAGGAGAUAAACUGCGUGCCUUAAAGGGCCGGCGCCAGCCCAGGUCGGCCACAACAGGAGCCCUAAGACUCGAAGACAUGAAAAUGCACACCAGGUCACCAUCCCAACCUUUUAGGAUGAACCUUGGAGUGGGCACUCAGGGUACCAUCUCCCCCCUCAAGACAUCCAAAGUCCCAUCAUCCUCUGCUUCCGCCACGGCCAAGAGAAUCAGCCACAGCUCCUCCUCCUCGGCGUCCAACCUCAAGAGCUCCUUCAUUAACGCCAGGCUAGCCAGCUCCUUAGGCAACCUGUACGCAGCCGACGGCAGCGAGGACAAUUGGAAGACGCCGUACACCCCCUCUUCAUCACCCUCUUCCUCCUCUCCUCCCUCCACCGUCACCACCCCCAUCCCUCCGUCGGGCCGGGCCGUCCCCGUUCACGGCUACGUGGCUAACGGCAUGCGCGGAGCUAAUUACCACCACGAGGUCAACAACAAUCAGUAUAACUCCUCCCCUACCGGGGUCUUCAUCCACGGUGGCCCCGUAGGGGCCCCCCAACACGCUGCAGGCAGGCUGGGCCCCGGGCCUGAUGAAUACGGCCCCUUCAGACCCCAGCAAGGGGUCUACUCCAGGCUCAGUGGACCCUCCGGCCGCUACCUCAGCCGCUCCAUCCCCGUAAGUUCCCUUCAAUCUGAAUAUGUUGAAUACUAAAGCGGCGGUUCUGCGUUGACCAAGACCGGACAGCCAAUGUGACCACUGAACUGGGCGCGAUGGAGUCUCCCAUCCCCCUUUUUGCUCUAUCCCCCCCUUCUCCCCCGCUUUCUCCCACAUACUGAAAAGGGAAUUGAAUAAACCAGGAGGCGCUAUAUGACAUAUGACAUUUAUUCUGCACUCUUGGCUUCUGGACGGCUGUGGUCUUUGGGGGCAGGCACAUAGACAGCCACAAACUCACAAGGGCUCAUGGAACUUUGCGUUUUGGGCUUCUUCUGUCAGCGUCAGACGGCCUUGAUUCACCUUAACGGAAGUCACUGUUUGGAUAAUACUAACAAAGGGAGAUUGUUUACCCAGCUAUAGUCAGGUUUUGCCAGGCUGUAACUAUGUGAGUGCUCUGUCUUUUUGAAGCUGAGAUAUGGCCAUAUACAGUAGACUGGAGGCUCUCUGCUUUCCUGCAUCACAUAUUUCCGUUUUAUGACUUGUACUGAAAAAUCGGAUAUUUUCUGACGAAAGGAUUUUAUACAUGAAACAUGAAAAUUGUAUUGCUUGGAUAAAGAAAUAUGUUUAUAUUUACAAGUGGGUUAAAGAACAUGUUUUUGUUUAUCACAAUUCUAUUUUUGUCUCCCGAGUGUUACUACUUCACUAACAACAUCCAAAUAUGCGAGGGGUUUAUGGAGAAGUAUUUUGCGAGCCGUGUUCCUUAACAGCAAAGUAUUUGCAGCACAGUAGCAGGCUCAGGGUAAAGUGCUCUUGCAUUUCUGUUUCUGUUUUGUGCAUGAGAGUGUAGGCCACGUGUGCGUGCUGUACGUACCAUAGACCGUAUGAGAAUGUGCGUGCUGUACGUGAGCGUGUGUGAAUAAAUGAGAAUGAGUAGUGACAGUGUAUGUAGAGACCAUGUGUAUGCAGUUCUCCUCUGCCCAUGGAAUGAAAUAAUGACGUAUAGGGAAGAGAUGAGUGCUGUCUCCUCUUCACUAAUUUAAAUCGAUUUUUAUUGAAUUAAUCAAUUAAAUGGACUGGUGGGAUUUGGUACCCCCCCCCCAAUUGGAACUAAUGAAUGCUUAAUGUUCUUCUGUCACAAGCCUACAUGACUCCAUUGAAUAGGAAUAGAGGAUAAAUACAGAAUAUUAUCACCAAAAAGGAUGUAGCUGAUUUCAUAAACCCUCACAAGUCUAUGAUAUGACAACUAAAGUCAUACCAAUAACCAAACUAGGUUAUUGUGACCAAACUAGGUUAUAUGUUGAGCAUGAUGAACAGUGGUCAUUAGUAGAGAAAAUCUAGUGGUGUGUUGUUGGACAGACACCACCCACAACACAAGCCUCAGUCCCUGCAGUUUACCCUACACCAGGCAGCUUAGCAACCUCCUCCACAGACACAAGAUCCCACUGCAAUAAUGCUCUUUACAGGGAAAACUUGUCAGAUUUUAAUGAGCACAUUUUCAGUGUUAUUCGACACGCUGUGGAUUAUGGAACUUGAUUUGUGGCAGCCUAUUUUAAACCACACCUACUGUAGAGCCAAUUAUGUUAGAGUUGUUAUCAUCAAGGCACAAUGGUAACGGAUGUUCAUCGCUAUUACUGAAAUAUUUCCCAGUUGUGUGGUGUGUUUGUGUCGAGAAUGUAAAAACAACGCAGAAACAUUUUUCUGUGUAUUACGAUUCUUUCAGAUUGUAGAAAGUGAAAAACAUUUCAGUUUUGCAGGUAGAGGUUCCUAAAAAACUGAAAAGCACAACUGUCCCCCAAAUUACCGUCUUUAUUAUCUCAUGCUGGAUGUCAUUGGGUGUACAAUGCAGCAGUCAUUAUCAAAUCUUGUUUUCUACCAAUGAAUAUCACCUCCUGUGACUCGACUAACUCGUCCAUUUUCUGUUGGACCUUAUAAGAGUCCCUAUAUUUGUAUGCUUGUUUUUUUUACUUUUAAACUGUUGUUGAAUUUCAAAGUUGAUUUUAAAUAAAUGUGUACCGAGGUGUUUGUUCAUGGCUGCAAGGAAUGAUUUUAAAAAUUCUGUUAGAGCUCUGUACAUUCCUGGCAGUGAAAUGCGUUUCUUUGUUUUGAAAUGGGAGAAUCUUAAUAAUGCAGGUAUUCUACCUCCUUGAAAUGUACAAUUUAUAGCUGUAAAAUUCGUACUUGCAUAUAUUUUUUCAAGCAGUAUGUAAAGAAAAUAUAUCAUAACUGUAGAUGAGUAUUUUUUGCUUUCUAAUUUUCAUAUAGUAAGCAUAGUAAAAUGAAAAUGUCUACUGUAUAUUUUACAGUGAAUGGAGGUUGCUGAAGGAAGUAACACAAUUAAAAAAUAUCAUUUUCAAGGA